AAGCUGCGGCACAAGCAGCCACAGGGCAAGGCGGAUCCCGAUGGAGGACAAGCCCCAAAGCCAGGACAGAAAGGGACCACCAAGCCCCCACGGGCCCCUGCGAAGGGCACACGACAGCAAGGCGCAGAGGAGGAGAAGCUGACAGCAGCGAAGCAGCAGAGGAGGGCGAAGCCCGUGCCUGCCCAGCCGCCAGCAGCAGCGAAGCCCAGGAGCGAUGGAGCAAAGCCCCCGCGAGCUGCCAGCCGUCCCCGGGCCCCUGGCAAAGGGCGUUCAAGACCCCCCAUGGCUCCGGCUGCUGAGGAUGCAGGAGGGGGCGAUGGCAACAGCCCCGUGGGUGCUGGAGCAAAGGGGCCCCGAAAGGCCCCAGUGGGGAAGAGCAAGGGGAAGGUGCCCAAGGGGGCACAGCAAGAUGCCCCCAAGGCAAAGGGGGGUCAAGGCAAGGUGAGGAAGCCCCGAGUGACCCCGGGAGCUGGCCAGGGGGAGGCCAGGCUGCAGAAGGCAGCCGCCCCAGCAGCAGGCAAGAAGGCCCCAUAG